AAGACAGCGUAAUAUAUCGCAUCGCAUAUGUCAACCGAUAUAAAAUUAAUUACGACGUAUAAAACAAAUUGCGCAGAACUUCGAGGGAGCUAUCAAACUCAAGACACAGGAUGAGCCUUGAUUUUCUUGAAAAUUUAGCCAGCGACUAUGAAAAUGCUCUGCUGCAAACUGGAUUUGGCAAAUUUCAUUUACUUUUGCUAACAAUAUGCGGACUGAUCUACAUGAAUACCGCCAUUGGCGUGACCAUCAUAUCCUUUGUUCUUCCAUCGGCAACUUGUGAUUUCGAGAUGACUUCCAGAGACAAGGGUUGGCUUUCGGCCUCACCAAUGCUGGGAAUGUUAAUUGGUUCAUAUUUUUGGGGUUGUUUGGCCGACACAAAAGGACGUCGCAUUGUAUUAAUUGCAACAUUACUGGCUGAUGGAAUCUUUGGACUAAUAUCAUCAUUUGCCCCACUCUACAUAAUAUUUAUGUUUAUACGCUUUAUCAAUGGUUUCAAUGUGGCAGGUACAAUGGGAAUUGUUUUUCCAUAUCUUGGAGAAUUUCAGCCAACAAAAUACAGAGAAAAAAUCUUAUGUUGGAUGGAACUUUUUUGGACUUUUGGAAUAAUUCUCUUGCCAGGUAUUGCCUGGGGCGUGAUACCGUUGAAGAUUAAUAUUGGAUCUGGGUCAUUUAAUUAUCAUAGCUGGAAUUUAUUCGUAGCAAUGUGCGCUGUUCCCAGUCUUCUUCUGGGUAUGUGGUUAUUUGCUUUUCCCGAAAGUCCAAAAUUUCUUCUUGAACAUGGUGAAUCGGAAAAGGCGUUGGAUAUUCUUGUCUAUAUGUAUGUUAAGAAUACGGGAAAUCGGCGAGAAGACUAUCCUUGUACUAGUCUUCGGGAACCCGAUCGUACCAUUCAAAGAGCUGGCGAAAAAAGUGUUCGCAGUUUACGGUUUCGAAAACCUAAUGAGCUUAAAUUAUUAUUAUUAGAGAUUUGGACUCAAACCAAAACGCUAUGCAAGAAACCCUAUUUGAAGAACACAUUUAUAACAUGUGGAAUACAAUUCUGUCUUACCACAAGCUAUUACACAUUAAUGGUUUGGUUUCCAGAACUGUUUCAAAGAUUUGAUGAUUAUGAGAAAGCUUAUCCAGGGAAAUCAGCAUCUGUUUGUGAUGUUUCAUCAAUUGUGGUAACUAACUCUUCCUUUGUAGGAUGUGAUUCGGCAAUCGAUCAGCAAGUUUUCCUUCACACAAUCAUCAUCGGUUUGGCCUGCAUACCGACAAGCUUCUGGUUACCACUCUGUGUACACAGACUUGGAGUCAAAUUCUUUCUGGUUUUCAGUUUAACGGCAGCUGGAUUUGUUACAAUUGGUCUAUAUUUUGUUCGAAGUUCUCUUGAGAAUCUAAUAUUAUCAUGCAUUUUUGAAGCCCUGACUUCUCUAAGUAUCAGUACUGUAUAUUGUGUAAUGGUAGACUUAUUUCCCACAAAUCUAAGAGUAAUGGCAGCUGCAAUGUCUAUGACAUUUGGACGUGGUGGAGCAUUGUUAGGGAAUCUAAUAUUCGGAUUUCUUAUAGAUCUGAAUUGUAUAAUUCCAAUAAUUGUUUUCUCAGGAAUGUUGUUUAUAAGCGCAUUCUUAUGCUGGAUGUUACCCUCUACUGGUUCAGAGGCUUUGGACUAAUUAUUUUACCAUUGACAGAAUCCAUGGGACUAAUAAAUUCAUAUUAAAAUUCAAUACCUUUGUAAUUAAAAAUAUUGUAGACUUGGAAAAGUGUGUAUACAAUUCCCAAUUUGUUAGUAAGUUAUAAAACAAAAAUAAAUUUACAUUUGGC